CCGAAAACCUCUCAUUCCUCAAACGCCUCCCACAACAACACGAGUCCUCACUUUAAGCAAGCUUCCUCCAGUUCUCUCUGUAUCACUGAAAAAUAUGAAGCAGCUUUUCAAUGCUCCGUUUGCAUUCAUCCAUUUCCCACUUCACUCUCCAUCUCUCUCCCUCCAGUUUUUUCCACAAAUUUCAAUUGCAAGAGACCGAAAUAAGAUUAACGCACAAACUUUUCAUCAUUUAGGGAUAUUGAAGAGAUAGAGAGAAGGUGAGACUAGAAUAAGCAUCAACAGGGAAGAAGACGAGAAGUGCAAUGGCGUCGUCCUCGUCGACGCAAUCCACUGAAACAGGCGGCUCAUCGGCGCCGGCGUUAAUGAGGCGACCUUCUCGCAGCGUUGCCGCGACGGUGACUACGGAGGUUUUUGACAGCGAGGUCGUUCCUUCGUCCCUGCAACAAAUUGCUCCGAUCCUCCGUGUCGCCAACGAAAUUGAACAUGAACGACCUCGCGUUGCAUAUCUCUGUCGUUCAUAUGCAUUUGAGAAAGCUGAUAGGUUGGAUCGUAGCUCUAGUGGCCGAGGUGUUCGACAGUUCAAGACGACACUCCUACAACGUUUGGAACGGGAGAAUGCCUCAAGUCUCGCAGCUCGUGUCAACAAGACGGAUGCGCGGGAAAUCGAGGUCUACUACAAACAAUACUAUGAGAAAUAUGUCAUGGCACUUGAUCAGGGCGAAAAAGCAGAUAGAGGCCAAUUGGGGAAAGCUUACCAGGUGGCCGGAAUUCUGUAUGAAGUCCUCUGCUCGGUUAACAAGUCGGAUAUGGCGGAAGAAGUUCCCGCUGACAUCAUUGCAUCAGCUAGAGAUAUCGAAGCAAAACAGAGUAUAUACGCACCUUACAACAUUCUACCCCUUGAUUCCGCUGGUGAGUCGCAGUGCAUCAUGCAGUUCGAAGAGAUUAAGGCAUCAGUGUCUGCUCUACGUAACACAAGCGGUUUAAAUUGGCCCACCUCAGCUGACGAGGAUCCACAUAGACAAACAUCAGGACAACUGGAUCUCCUUGAUUGGCUAAGAGCAACAUUUGGGUUUCAGAGAGACAAUGUCAGAAACCAGAGAGAGCAUUUGAUCUUGCAACUAGCACAUCCUCAAGCAAGACUUAAACACAAGUCCUCUGAAUCUGCCAACAAGCUUGAUGAUCGAGCUGUGGAUGAAGUUAUGACAAAACUUUUUAAAAACUAUAAAACCUGGUGCAAGUACAUGGGAAGGAGACACAGCAUAAAGCUCCCUAAAGUAAAACAAGAAGUUCAACAGAGAAAAUUACUUUAUAUGGGCCUAUAUCUUCUUAUAUGGGGUGAAGCAGCUAAUGUACGCUUCAUGCCAGAGUGUCUAUGCUACAUCUUUCACCAUAUGGCAUAUGAGCUUCAAGGCCUGUUAGCUGGAAAUGUUACUGCUGUGACUGCAGAAAACAUCAAACCUGCAUAUGGUAAUAAGGAUGAGGCGUUUCUUCGCAAAGUUAUAACUCCAAUUUAUCAAGUCAUAGACACGGAAGCGAAAAGGAGCAGAAAUGGAAAGGCUCCUUACUCAGAGUGGUGCAAUUAUGAUGAUCUUAAUGAAUAUUUCUGGUCACCUAAUUGUUUUUCUUUGAGUUGGCCUAUGCGUAAUAGUGAUGAAUUCUUUAAAUCAAUACGCGACACAAAUCAGGGAAAAAAACUACGAUCUCAUCAACAGCCUGUCAGCAUGCAAAAAUCUUAUUUUGUUGAGACACGAUCUUUUUGGCAUAACUUUCGAAGUUUUGAUCGUUUGUGGACAUUUCUUAUACUUGUUCUUCAGGUUUUGUUGAUUAUUGCAUGGGAUGAUACUUCAGUAUUGGAGAUCUUUGACAUACAUGUCUUAUAUAAAAUAUCCAGUAUUUUCAUUACAGCAGCAGCUCUUCGUUUCAUUCAAAGUAUAUUGGACCUUGUUUUGAACCACCCAGGGUAUCGUAGAUGGAAGUUUACUGAUGUUUUGAGGGUGUAUUUAAAGAUUAUUAUAAGUCUUGGAUGGACUAUUAUUCUUCCAGUUUGUUAUGCACAAGAAGCUGACCCUAAGGCACUACUUUUUGGGAAACUAAAAGAUUAUAGUUCUUUUCUUGAUAAUUUAAAAGGCAUUCCUCCUUUAUAUAUUAUGGCUGUGGCUUUAUACUUGCUGCCAAAUUUACUAGCAGCAGGUUUGUUUAUAUUUCCUAUGCUUCGAAGAUGGAUUGAGAAUUCUGAUUGGCUUAUUGUAAGAUUCUUCCUAUGGUGGUCACAGCCAAGAAUCUAUGUGGGGAGGGGAAUGCAUGAAAGUCAGUUUGCCCUUAUAAAGUAUACUCUCUUUUGGGUGGUUCUUCUAUGUUCGAAAUUUGCCUUUAGCUUUUUCAUUCAGAUAAAACCACUAGUUGAGCCGACAAAAGAUAUUAUGAACAUCGAUCAAGUUGAAUAUGCUUGGCAUGAAUUCUUCCCAAAUGCUAAAGGUAACUUUGGAGCUAUUCUUGCCCUCUGGACGCCUGUUAUAUUGGUUUACUUUAUGGACACUCAAAUAUGGUAUGCUAUAUAUGCAACUUUAUGUGGUGGAGUUAUUGGGGCCUUUGAUCGUUUGGGAGAGAUUCGAACUUUGAUCAUGCUAAGGUCCCGCUUCCAGUCUAUACCAGGUGCCUUUAAUGCAAAUUUAGUGCCUUCAGAUAGAAGUAAGAGUAGAUGGUAUUCUCUGGUUAAGCAUUUCCAACAGGUUACACCUGACAAGAGAACCGAAGCAGCAAAGUUUGCUCAGUUAUGGAAUGAAGUUGUAUGUAGUUUCCGUGAAGAAGAUCUCAUAAGUGACAGGGAGAUGGACCUGAUGCUAGUUCCAUAUUCUUCAGACCCUACCCUUAUAGUAGUUCAAUGGCCUCCAUUUUUGCUUGCUAGCAAGAUCCCAGUGGCACUUGAUAUGGCAGCUCAGUUUAAAUACAAGGAUUCUGACCUCUGGAAGCGUAUAUGUGCUGAUGAAUAUAUGAAGUGUGCUAUUAUUGAAUGCUAUGAAACCUUCAAACGCAUCCUCAAUACUGUGAUUGUAGGAGAUGCUGAAAAAAGGAUUAUUGGGAUUAUAAUUAAGGAAGUUGAAAAUAGCAUAUCAAAAAACUCCUUACUCACCAAAUUCAGGAUGAGUUCUCUACCUACUUUUUGCGCCAAAUUUGUGAAGCUUGUAGAAAUGUUGAAAAAUGCUGAUGAAUCUAAGCACAACACUGUAGUUUUGCUACUCCAGGAUAUGUUAGAAGUAGUUACCCGUGAUAUGAUGGUCAAUGAAAUUCGGUUGGUGAUUUUGACUAUUCUGCUUAAUAUGGAAUAUUUAUUUUCCUGUUUUGACCUAACAGAGAAUAAUAAGGAGUUAUUUGAUUCUUUCAGUGAAUUAGCAGAACUUGGACAGGAUUCUGGAAGGCAACUUUUUGAAAAAGUCACGGAUUCAGAGCAUGCUAUUGCAUUUCCUCCUCCAGUAACCUCACAAUGGGAAGAACAGAUAAAGCGGCUUUAUCUCCUUCUCACAGUUAAGGAAUCUGCCAUGGAUGUGCCUAGAAACCUUGAAGCAAGACGAAGGAUCAUGUUUUUUACAAACUCAUUGUUCAUGAAUAUGCCACGUGCACCUCGAGUCCGCAAAAUGUUAUCAUUUAGUGUCAUGACCCCUUACUAUAGUGAAGAGACAGUCUAUUCAAAGAGUGACCUCGAUAUGGAAAAUGAAGAUGGUAUAUCCAUCAAAUAUUACCUCCGAAAAAUUUUCCCAGAUGAAUGGGAAAAUUUCAUGGAGCGUAUUGAUUGUAAAGAAGACUCCGGAAUUUUCGAAAGCGAUGAAAACAUUUUACAGCUUAGACAUUGGGUCUCCUUAAGAGGACAAACACUUUGCAGAACAAUUAGAGGGAUGAUGUACUACAGAAGGGCGUUGAAGCUUCAAGCUUUCCUUGACAUGGCUAAUGAGCAAGAAAUGUUAGAAGGUUAUAAAGCUAUCAGCAUUCCAUCAGAAGAUGAGAAGAAAAGUCAAAGUUCAUUGAAUGCUCGAUUAGAGGCUAUUGCUGAUAUGAAAUUCACUUAUGUAGCAACAUGUCAAAUGUAUGGUAACCAAAAGCGCACAGGAGAUCGUCGUGCCACAGAUAUUUUAAAUUUAAUGGUUAAUAAUCCAUCCCUUCGUGUGGCCUAUAUUGAUGAAGUUGAAGAAAGAGAAGGAGGAAAAUCACAAAAGGUGUACUAUUCUGUCUUGGUUAAAGCUGUUGAGAAUCUUGAUCAGGAAAUUUACAGGAUAAGAUUACCUGGGAAUCCAAAAAUAGGAGAAGGGAAGCCUGAGAAUCAAAACCAUGCCAUAAUCUUUACAAGAGGCGAAGCUCUUCAGACUAUUGACAUGAAUCAAGACAACUAUUUGGAAGAAGCUUUCAAAAUGAGGAACCUUCUAGAAGAAUUUAAUGAAGAUCACGGAGUCCGAUCCCCAACAAUUUUGGGUGUUCGCGAACAUAUCUUUACAGGAAGUGUUUCUUCAUUAGCAUGGUUUAUGUCAAAUCAAGAAACAAGCUUUGUCACAAUCGGUCAACGUGUUCUCGCAAGACCUUUAAAGGUUCGGUUCCACUACGGGCAUCCAGACGUGUUCGAUAGAAUUUUCCACAUCACACGAGGUGGCAUCAGUAAAGCUUCAAAAGGCAUCAAUCUAAGCGAAGACAUCUUUGCAGGAUUCAACUCAACACUCAGACGAGGCAAUAUAACUCACCAUGAAUACAUACAAGUUGGAAAAGGGAGAGACGUCGGUCUUAACCAGAUCUCACUUUUCGAAGCAAAAGUUGCAUGUGGUAAUGGCGAACAGACAUUGAGUCGCGAUAUUUACAGAUUAGGCCAUCGUUUUGAUUUCUUCCGGAUGCUGUCUUGUUUCUAUACCACGACAGGCUUCUACGUUAGCUCAAUGAUGGUGAUGCUUACUGUGUAUGCGUUCUUAUACGGGAGAUUAUAUCUCUGUUUAAGUGGAUUAGAAAAAGCGAUUAUGAAAUCAGCAAAGAUGCAAGGAGAUAAAGCUUUGAAAGCAGCCAUGGCUUCUCAAUCUGUAGUUCAACUUGGUCUUUUAAUGGCGUUACCGAUGAUUAUGGAGAUCGGACUCGAAAGAGGCUUCAGAACUGCACUCGGUGACUUAAUAAUCAUGAACCUCCAGCUCUCCGCUGUCUUCUUCACCUUCUCUCUUGGCACCAAACUUCACUAUUUCGGUCGCACAAUUCUCCACGGCGGCGCCAAAUACAGAGCCACCGGACGCGGCUUCGUUGUCCGACACGAGAAGUUCGCAGAAAACUACAGAAUGUAUUCCCGGAGUCAUUUCACGAAAGGAAUGGAAUUGAUGAUUCUCCUCAUUGUUUACAACGCGUACGGAUCCGCAUUCUCCGAUGGCAACGUGUACAUAUUCCUAACCAUCUCAAUGUGGUUCCUAGUCGUGUCGUGGCUGUUCGCCCCUUUUCUUUUCAACCCAUCCGGAUUCGAAUGGCAGAAAAUCGUUGAAGACUGGGACGACUGGUCAGCGUGGAUCAGAAACCACGGCGGAAUCGGUGUUCCGGCGAACAAAAGCUGGGAAUCGUGGUGGGAGGAAGAACAGGACCACCUCCGAUCCACCGGUACAGUCGGUCGUCUGACGGAAAUCCUCCUCUCUCUCCGAUUCUUCAUUUACCAAUACGGUAUCGUUUACCACCUCAAAGUCGUCCAAAACGAUAAAUCAAUCUUAGUGUACGCUCUCUCAUGGCUCGUAAUCGUUUUUGUUAUCGCAUUAUUGAAAAUCGUGUCCAUGGGUAGAAAGAAAUUCAGCGCGGAUUUCCAAUUAAUGUUUCGUCUUCUUAAACUAUGUCUAUUUGUUGGAUUCGUCGUUGCACUCACGAUGAUGUUUCAGUUGGCCGGACUCACAAUCGGCGAUCUAUUCGCGAGCUUACUUGCGUUCUUGCCGACGGGAUGGGCGAUUCUGCAGAUAGCACAAGCGUGUCGGCCGGCGGUGAGGGUGUUGGGGAUGUGGGGGUCGGUGAAGGCGUUAGGGCGAGGGUAUGAGUAUUUAAUGGGUGUCUUGAUUUUUACUCCGGUGGCUAUUCUUGCGUGGUUCCCGAUGGUGUAUGAUUUUCAAACCAGGUUGCUUUUUAACCAGGCUUUCAGUAGAGGGUUACAGAUCCAACGUAUUUUAGCCGGUGGUAAGAAAAACCAUUAAACCAGUAAUAUGAAUACACGUGGAGGGUGAAAGUGAAACCGAAAGAAGCUUAAAUGCUGUCAAUAACUGAGGACGUGACAUGUGUCCUUGAAGAUGACGUGGCAUUAGAGCAUGGAGGGUCGAAGUUUAUGUGAUGACAUGAUGAGGUUAGUCAAAAAUGCUUUGAUGACAUGAUGAGGUUAGUCAAAACAACUCAUGAAGGUUUCAAAUUCAGCUAUAUGUGAGUGAUUUUUUGGAUUUGGGAUUAAACCUUUUCUUCUAUUUCAUUGCAACAAAUUAUACUACUAAAUCAUUAUUUUUGAAUGGUUUUGGUGAUUGUAAUUUGUAAAACGGAAAUUUUGUUCUUAUUCUUACAGUUAAACAUAAUAUGAGCUUGAUUUUGAAGAAAUAGAGCAACAUGCAUUGGACAAUUUUGGGUGUUGAUUAGAAGCAUUUUUUUUUUUGGUGUUGUGUAAUAUGCUUUUCUUUCUUAUGCAGCCCAUGAUAACAAUGUUGUUAUUUAUCUUUAAUCAUCAGCACAAUGGACUAACAAUUCAUUACCUGUAAUAGCAAUGUACUUACCUUUCUUUAUAAAUAAUAGUGAUAUAUAUAUAUAACACAUAAAA